AUGCCGUCGCGGCUAGGAAAAGCUCGGCCUCCUAGUGCCAGGGAACGACGACGAGAUGCCGCCAAUGUCAAGCGAGUGCUGAAAACGAUAGAAGAAGUCAUGGACGGAGCGUAUGAGGUCAAAAAGGGUGGGCCUGGUGGAAAGUACUUGAUUGAGCGAACACUUCGCUAUCGCGGCUAUCAGAAGUUAUGGGAAGAACUGAGGAAGAAGGGAAAUGAAAAGCUUCUAGAGUAUGUGGAUGGAAACAAGGCAGAAAGGUUUCGUUUCGACUAUACACGCCGCCCUUGUAAAGGCAGCAAGCAGUUCGUGAUCCACGUGCCAUCUGUCUUUCACGAAGGCAUGCUUGGGGCGAUCCAUGACGAGAUUGUGCGAUGGCUUGGUAACAUUCAGUCAGGGACACUUUGUACGGUUCAGAGCACGAAAGAGGCGACUAUGGAUAUUGCGAAGAAGAUAGGUUCUACUCUGGCUACGACGGUGGAGUGCAACGGGCCUCUCGGCGAACGGCUGGAACCUGAUCUUUCAUACACUCUGGAGGGCUGCUGGAAUGCUGACCUGGUGGUAGAGGUGGCAUGGUCUCAGCGCAAGUUGAAGUUACCAGAAAGGGCAACGCGGUUUAUCAAGGGGAUGGAGGGCGCGAUUCGAACUGUUGUCGCUUUGGAUUUGAAUGACAUCUACCGUGGCGGCCGCUUGGCGACAUUUUCGGUAUGGAAAGCCCAACUUGACGGCGACAAGUGGACCCGGGCUACAGUGGUUGACAAUCAGAUGUUUCUCGACGAAGACGGACAAGCCGUCAAAGACUGCUCGUUGCGUCUCUGCCUCAAGGAUUUUAUAUGUGAAGAGGAGGAGCGUGAGCUGGAAGCCUUUGAGAAUGUGUCGUUGAAUAUCCCUUCGACAAUGCUUCGUGAUUUCUACCAAAUUGCCUUCAGAAAGAAUGUGAUGCGUGAGGCAGAGAAUGGGAUGAAAGAAAUAAUGAAGAAAGUCAACAAUGCCGCCAAGAAGAUGCUCAGGGCGAGGAAGAUGAUACAAGAGCAAAAAGCCAAAGACGCCAGGAAUCACACAGUCAUGGUAAAGAAAGACUUGGCCAAGCUAAGGAGGGUGAUCUGCAAGGUGGAAGAAGAUAUCAACGAGAUGAAGCAUACGAUGAGCGAUGUGAAGGAGACGAUGGACAGGGUAGACGAUAAGAUGCCGAAGGUGGUGAAAAAGAAAGUCGAGGUAGAGAAGAAGAUGGCUGAAGUUGAAACUGAGAUGGCUGAAAUGCAAGAGGAGGCAGAGAAGAUUGUCGAAGCAGAGGAAGCAAAUGAGGAGGCUUUUGAGCCUGAGCAUAUCACUUCAGAGGAGAGUGUCGCAGAGGCGACUGAAAGUGGCACGCCGCGUGCUACUCAACCACCACCUUCAUCUCCACGAACCCCUGAGAAGUCGAGGCGAUAUGGGUUUCGUUCACUGCGACGAUCUCCCAAGCGCUAA